GUCUCAUGCAUGUUGACUUGACCUGCUGAGUGUUUGAGACACUGUGCGAUAAUUGUACCGUGAAACUAAGAGACUGUACAAGGAAGUUCUUCCUGUUCUUGUGGCAAGUUAAUUUAUGCCAAGAGACUUCGUAGCUUAGUAGUUUGUACUAGAGAGCAAAAAUACGAUGCUAUAUGACGCAGUCACAAGUAUCUUGAUGUGCACAAAAUUGGUCAACAUUUGAGUGCCUUUGUCUAGCUCAAACACAUUUACAUGACAUGGUACUAGCAGACAUGUAGUUGUGUGGUCUGAAGUGCAAAGUUGGCACGGAGACUAAAAAAUAUGGAGAGACACAUUUACACGAGGAGGAGACAUUGAGCAGGAAGGUUCAAUCCUUUAUUGUUGGUGUGAUGAGCUGCAUGGCUAGACAGAGACAGAUGUAAAUUUGUACAAUGGAAAUAUUCACACGAGAUUAUUGGUUUCUACCUGGAAUUUUGUUGGUUUGCCCAGCCAGCUGACUAAACACUUGGUUAGACAACAAGGAUUGUCUCAUAUAAUAGACUUGCUGCUGAGGUGAUCAAACACUAGCUGACACACCCACACACUCCACACACUGGUCUAUUUUAUGCACUCAUUUCAGUCUAAAAAUGUUGCUUUUAAAUGGUUCUCCUUUUUCCAUUGUGUUAAUUCUUACUUGUGUGUCUCUAGCACAAACCACGAACAUCUGAACUAUAGAAUGUAUUAAUUGUGGUAAAUGAGAGCAACACGUCUGCAUUGCAACUUUACACAUCACUGGUCUUAUUUGUUAAUUAAUGCUUCGUUUGGAGAUGAUCGGAUUUCAUGGAAAAUUGGAACACCAGCAGAAUACACAUUGGUAGACCCUGACACCCCAUUCACAUGUGGAACCACUAUAAAUAACAGCCUAAUCUGCUGCUCACAACACAAAUUGCUCUGUCUAUUUGGUAGAGACUUGUAUAUAAUCAAUGGCUUCCAAUGUUGCUUUGACUUUUGCUGCUGUUUUGCUCUUACUUGUAACCUUCCAGCUAUCUCACCAACUUCAGAAUGUCAGUUUUGCUGGUGUUCCUGGUUCUCCAGGACGAAAUGGUUUUCCUGGAAGAGAUGGAAGGGAUGGAAGAGAUGGACAGAAAGGAGGUGACGGCAUGAAAGGAAGCGAAGGAGAGAGAGGAAUAGCAGGAGAUAAAGGAAUGAAAGGAGACAAAGGAGAGAACGGAAUUGUAGGUCCUCAAGGAAUGAAAGGUACACGAGGGCCACCUGGUUUAGAAGGUGAACGAGGGGAGAAGGGAGAGGGAGGAGACAAGGGAGAGCGAGGAGAAUCUUUACGAGUUACAGACAUAGAAGAAACUAUAACGACAUUGAUCGACAACAAGCUUGCAGCAUUGAAUUCAAGUCUCUGGAGAAAGAUGGAACAGCUCAGUGAGGAAAUCCCUCCUCAAGAUCAAGAAAUGGUGUCUGGAACGGAACUGACAGAAGAGCUUGAAAAACCUGCUGCACAUCUAGUAGGAAAUGGAGAUGAAGGCCAUUACUAUCUUGGUACCAUCACUCAAUGGUAUGCCACUAGCGGUUCUCUAUGGUCACCCUUUCUUCAAGGUGGAAUGAAGUACAGCAACGGAUACAUCACUGUGCCUCAGCACAGUCUCUACUAUGUUUAUGCACAACUGUCCUACCAGAACAUCAGUUUGUGCUACCAGGCUGGAUUCUCCAUACAGGUUAACUGGAACAGCCGAGCUUGGACUUUUAGUUACACUCAAGAGAGCGCUAAUUUCCACACUCACUACAUGGGCCGCAUCAUUUCUCUGAACAAAGGAGACAGCUUGUCAUUGUAUGUUACAAACUCUUGCUACUACAUUUUUAGUUCAUUAAGUUCAUUCUUUGGCGCGUUUAAACUUUGACUUUGAUGUACUCGUCUAGGUAGCAAUUGCAGUGAAUGUGACAGUAGUGUCUGUUAGACAGCAAUUGGUUGAAAAAUAAACAAGACGGCGAGCUGCUA